AGAAUCCUCCGCUCACCCACCGCUGCAGGAGCCGGCAACCCAAACGACAGAAACAUGAUGAACUCGCUGCUGAUGAAGCUGGGCACCUUGAUGUGCGUCCUGGCUGUACACGCCGACGUCAUGCCUGUUGAAGACGUCGACGUCAAGCCUGUUGAAGACUUCCACGUCAAGACUGUUGAAGACUUCGACAUGGAGAAGAUGGCAGGAGAGUGGUACCUUGUCGGCUAUGCCUCCAACGCUCAGUGGUUUGUGAACAGCAAGGAAGAAACGAAGCUGAGCACAAACAUAUACAAGCCAGGUCAUGAAGGACACAUGGAUCUCAUUUACUCCCAGACGGAUGCUAAUGGCACCUGUUCGAAUGUGACUUUCCACGCUCUGAAAACAGACACUCCUGGACGCUUCACCUACCACAGCGAGAUUUGGAACAAUGACAACGACAUGCGCAUUGUUGAGGUCAAGUAUGACGACUACGCUCUGGUCCACACCAUCAAGACGUCGGACAACUCGUCUGAGGUCCUCAACAACCUCCUCAGUCGUACCAACGAGACCAGCGCUGACCUGCAGGAGAAGUUCUCAACGUUCUCCACUAAGACCGGCAUCCUGCCUGAAAACAUCCUUAUCCUACCUAAAAAGAUGUAGCCGAAUGUCACCGCGUCUGACGAGUCCCCGGCCGUCUUCCUCCCUUCAUCUCCAGCUCUCACAAGUCCCAGGUUUUCAUCCCACAAGAGAUUUACUCUCCAGCUUCUCCCUGUGAUGUCUGCAGCACCACAAAGAUUCACCUGAGACUGUGACAUUGCAGCAUUUUAUUCCAGUUCCUACACACGACUGUUAAAUCCAUACAUUCCGUCUCUGUUUGGUCUUUUGUUGUACAAUAAAAAUGUUGAAACUAUA